AGAAAAAAAGAAUGAAACGUUCAGUAGAGGAUGAUUAUACAUAUACCAUAGCUGAAAAAAAAGUAAAACUUAUUAAAGAUAUGAAGAAAGAGGUUUUUCCUAUAAUUUUUAAUCAUCAAUCUUAUGAUGCUGAUAUUCCUAUCACUCUAUAUCAUCAAGCAUUUGCAAAAUUUCAGGAGUACUGCACCAAUAUUCAUAUCUCAAUUGGUGAUUGUGAUUUGGUAAUAAAACUUAUCACAAAAAUGACAAAAGCUUUCAACUGUGAGAAUGAUAGGAUAAUUGAAUUUUAG